AUGGACUUCACAGACCGCCUGCCCUACUCGGGCCCACAGCCCACAUUCAGCCCCGACCGCAAGCUGCUGGCGUCGGCCGAGGGCUACCGCCUGGUGGUGCGCGCUGCCGACUCGUUGGCGGUGGUCGGCCUGUGCAGCUGCCUGGACCGCAUCGAGAGCAUCAGCUGGAGCCCCGACGGCGACCACAUCCUAUGCGGGCUGUUCAAGCGCGCCACGGUGCAGGUGUUCUGUGUGUCGGACCCGGACUGGGCCUGCAGCAUCGCCGAGGGCCCCGCCGGAAUUGUGGCUGCACGGUGGACGCCCGACGGCCAGCACAUUCUGCUCACAGCCGACUUUGGCGUGCGCCUCUCGGUGUGGAGCCUGGUGGACCAAUCAUGCGUCAACCUGCGCGGCCCCAAGCAUGCGCAUGCUGGCCUGGCAUUCAGUCCAGAUGGCACCCUGCUGGCAGUGGCACACCGGUCCGACUGCAAGGACUCGCUGGCCAUGUACGACUGCACCACCUGGCAGCCACGAGUCCAGUUUGCAGCUGGCACCACCGACCUCGCCGACCUGGCCUGGUCGCCCGACGGUGGCUGUAUCGCGUGCUGGGAGUCGGCGCUGUACGGCCACCAGCUGGCCGUGUUCACGCCCGAGGGCGAAUGCCUGACUGCCUACUCGGCGUACAAGGAUCUGCUGGGCAUCAAGGCUGUGUCCUGGAGCCCCUCAGGGCAGCUUCUGGCACUGGGCGAUUACGAGCAGGGCGCAACUGUGCUCAACCAUGUGACCUGGAGUCCACUGGCCCAGUUUUCACACCAGCCUACAGUCAGCGGGCCGCCCAGUGUUGUAGCCUACAGCGAGGUAGAGGAAGAUACGGGGCGCCGAAUCCUAGCGGCAGGCACAGGCAGCAUGAGCCGAGAUAUGGACGACGAGGUUGGCGAGAUGGCCCUGACCAAGUCGCGGUAUGUGGUUGCAGAGCUGCCGGUGCGGAUGCCGGUGGUGCGGCCGGCGGUGGACAAGCCCAACCCCAAGCUGGGCAUUGGGAGCGUGAGUUGGAGCUUUGACGGCAGCUACAUUGCCACGCGGUGCGACAGCAUGCCCAGCGUAGUUUGGAUUUGGGAGACGAGCAGGCUGGAGCUGGCGUCGCUGCUGCUGCACACGCGAGUGGUGCGUGCUGUGCAGUGGUGCCCCACCUCCAAUCGCCUUGUCAUCUGCACUGGCGACAGCAAGCUGUACCUGUGGACCCCCGACGGCGCAUCCUGCGUCCACAUCCCGCUGCCCGGCUUCCGGGCCACCGGGCUGUGCUGGCACCCAGACGGCAGCUCUAUUGUUUUGACCAGUCGCGAGGAGUUCUGCUGCUCGUACUUUUAGGACGUAGAGUUGGCAAAACGAGUUCUAUCUCUUUCCUUCUGGUUGCUCUUUUUUUACCAUUGCUGACCUUGAUUGUGAACCAGCAUGC